AUGAAUAAGCAGGAGAUUAGCACCGCAGAUAAAGACUUUAUAGAACAGAGAGAUGUUCUUUUGCAAGAGGUCAACGAGUUAGUUGCAUCAAUUCUAAAUGGUCUCAACGAUCUAAACAUAUCAUUAGAGAGCAGUAUAUCAGUGGGGAAAGAGUUUGAGAAAGUUAGUACUUUGUGGAAGAGUUUUUAUGACGGACUAGAAAGUGUCGAUAAUGAACAUAGUGAUAGCGGCGAAGAUUGA